AUGCAAUUCUUUAUGAUAUUUGCUCUGGCAGCGGCGUCUGGGAGGACGAUCUCGAUGCGCUUCUCGAAGCGGCGGCGGAUCUCCACCCAGGCCCCCUUGAACGGCAACUGUGCGGCCAAUCCACGAGCAGCUUUCUGUGCAACAAUCACAAGUGGGGCCUGUACACAAUGCAAUGAGGGUUACUUCCUCAAGGACGGCGGCUGCUAUCAGACAGAUAGACAGCCUGGUAAGCAGGUCUGUAGUAGUGCACAGGGAGGAACAUGUCAGACGUGUGCCAACGGACUGCAGGUACAAAGUGGGGCCUGUGGGGAGUGCCACUCUACUUGUGCUACGUGCUCGACUGCAGAUGACCCUAAUAAGUGUAAGACCUGUGCCACUGGGUAUUACAAGACAAGCGAUAAUGAUGGCCCGUGCAUGAAGUGCUCUGAGGGGCUCGCUGGGUGCAGACAGUGCACAGCGUCAUCCACCGAUGCGUUCAUGUGCCUCGAGAUGGGCGAUGGCACUGGCGACAACACCGGGGGAAGCACCAACAAGAGCAGCCUCAGCACUGGCGCCAUCGCGGGGAUCUCCGUCGCUGUGAUUGUCGUUGUGGGGGGCCUUGUGGGCUUUCUCUGCAGGAGAGAGACGUAG